CGAGCAGACUUGUCCAUCUGCAUUCUGCACUGUGGAAAAGCAAAGUAAAAACAAAAUAAAGAUAUGCACAAAAAGCCAUAUACCUCUGCAAGCAAAAAGCAUUAAUCUCAGUUCAGAACCUGAAAAAGAAGAAGAAAAAUCUCCGAUCCGAUUCUUUGCAACGAUACACUUAUGUGGGUUUUUCACAGCACAAAUCCUUCAUUUCUGUAAUUUCUUUUUCAUCAUGCCAUCUCGCGAACUCCGUUCUUUACCGCCGACGCCGACGCUGUCUCAACCAGUUCACCGUCAGAGACACCACCUCCUUCCACCACUUGCCGGAGGUAUCGCCGCCGCAGCCUCCCUCCUUAUUCUCUUCACUUUCUGCUUCCGAAAAAUUAGCCAUAAGAAAACCGUCCCAUCUUCCGACUCCGAGUCAAAUAAAAAACCCCCUCACCGGUUCUCCUACUCCUCUCUCCGACGCGCCACUUCCAACUUCUCUCCAGCUCUUCGCUUGGGCCAAGGCGGGUUUGGAUCAGUCUACAGCGGAACUCUCAAAAGCCCAACUUCCAAUAAUGUUUCAGUGGCCGUUAAAGUCAUGGAUUCAGGGUCCUUACAAGGCGAGCGCGAAUUCCAAAAUGAGCUGUUCUUAUCUGGUAAAAUCUACUCUAAAUACAUAGUAUCUACAAUCGGUUUCUCUUCAGACAAAAGAGGCCGCCGUAUGUUACUUGUUUACGAGCUUUUGUCUAACGGAAGUUUACAAGACUGCCUUUUGCAUCGCAAGUGCAGUGAAUUAAAAGAUUGGAAAAAGAGGUAUUCAAUUGCUCUUGAUAUAGCUAAAGGGUUAGAGUAUUUGCACCAUUUCUGUGACCCAGCAGUGAUUCACGGCGAUAUUAAGCCGAGUAAUAUUUUAUUGGAUGAUAAUUUUAAUGCAAAAAUUGGUGAUUUUGGGUUGGCACGGUUGAAAUCAGAGGAUCAGGUUGAAAUUGAAGUGAAAAAGGAGAGUCCU